ACGUACAACCCUUCAAAGCGCAAAGACAAGACACCACCUACCACUCCUUUCCGAGUUUUCUCAAUUUUGUCUUUUAAAUUUCUGGUGUCAGAAAUUGGUUGGUGAAUUGUUAGAGAGAGAGUACUUCAGUCCCUACUCAGGCCCAUUCUCACCAAAACCCCCAACUUUCCCUUCCGCCAAACCUCCAUCGAUUUUAAGAGACACCAAUUUAGAUAACAACUCUCAAAAGACUAAAGAGAGGUUUUAAAGAGAGAAGAGAGAAGAGAGAUGGCCCAAGUGAGCAAAAUCUGCAGCAAUGGAGCUCAAAGCAUCAACGUUUUUCCCAAUGUUUCCAAACCACAAAUACCCAAAUCCUCCAAUUUGCUCACAUUGAAGUCACAUUUUCUGGGUUCAUCAAAUUCUUUGAGUUUGAAGCUGAAAUAUGGGUCUGUGGGCAGUUUUACGGUUGGUAAAGUCAGGGUCGAUCCGCUUAGAAUUGCAGCUUCAGUUGCCGCGGCAGAGAAGCCGUCGACAGUUCCGGAGAUUGUGCUGCAACCCAUCGAAGAAAUCUCCGGCAACAUAAAGUUGCCGGGUUCCAAGUCGUUGUCGAAUCGGAUUCUGCUUAUUGCUGCUCUCUCUGAGGGAACAACUGUUGUUGACAACUUAUUAGAUAGUGAUGAUAUUCAUUAUAUGCUUGGUGCAUUGAAAACCCUUGGGCUGAAUGUUGAAGAGGACAAGGUAAACAAGCGAGCAGUCGUGGAGGGUUGUGGUGGUCGGUUUCCCUUGAGUAAUGAAUCGGUAGAUGAAGUGCAACUAUUCCUUGGAAAUGCUGGAACAGCAAUGCGGCCAUUGACUGCUGCAGUUGUUGCUGCUGGUGGACAUGCUAGGUAUGUACUUGAUGGGGUGCCUCGAAUGAGGGAGAGACCAAUCGGAGACUUGGUUGAUGGUCUUAAGCAGCUUGGUGCGGAUGCUGAUUGUUUUCUUGGAACAAACUGCCCUCCUGUCCGUGUGAUUGGAAAGGGAGGCCUUCCAGGGGGGAAGGUGAAGCUCUCUGGAUCAAUUAGUAGUCAGUACUUGACUGCUUUGCUUAUGGCAGCUCCUUUGGCUCUUGCAGAUGUUGAGAUUGAGAUCAUUGAUAAAUUAAUUUCCAUUCCGUAUGUGGAAAUGACUUUGAAGUUGAUGGAACGCUUUGGGGUCUCAGUGGAACACAGUGAUAGCUGGGAUCGGUUUUUGAUCCGAGGAGGUCAAAAGUACAAGUCUCCUGGAAAUGCAUUUGUCGAAGGCGAUGCUUCAAGUGCUAGUUACUUUCUAGCUGGUGCUGCUGUCACCGGUGGGACUGUCACUGUUGAAGGCUGUGGGACAAGCAGUUUACAGGGAGAUGUAAAGUUUGCUGAAGUUCUUGAAAAGAUGGGUGCUAAAGUUACCUGGACAGAGAAUUCUGUUACAGUUACAGGACCUCAACGACUCUCUUCCGGAGGCAAACACUUGAAAGCUGUUGAUGUUAACAUGAACAAAAUGCCAGAUGUUGCCAUGACUCUUGCUGUAGUUGCUCUUUUUGCCGAUGGUCCAACUGCCAUAAGAGAUGUGGCAAGCUGGAGAGUGAAGGAGACGGAAAGGAUGAUUGCCAUUUGCACUGAACUAAGAAAGCUGGGAGCAACUGUUGAAGAAGGACCAGAUUACUGCAUAAUCACACCGCCAGAAAAAUUAAACGUGACAGCAAUAGACACGUAUGAUGACCACCGAAUGGCCAUGGCUUUCUCUCUUGCUGCCUGUGGAGACGUUCCAGUUACUAUCAAGGAUCCUGGUUGUACACGAAAAACAUUCCCCAAUUACUUUGAAGUCCUUGGGAGGUUCACCAAGCAUUGAACAACAGUUAUAAGAUGUGUAUCUGUAGAGAGAGAGAGAGAGAGAGAGAGAGAGAGAGAGAGAGAGGAAGAGAGGGAGGGAUAUCUUUGUGCCUCUACAACCAAAGCAGUGCAGAUGGAAGCCGCCCCUUUUUAGAUCUCUCUUUAUUCCCCUGUAAUUUUGGAUGAUUUUAUAUUUGCAGGUUGAGCUCAUUGUUGUUUCUAAGGUUUGUGAUCUGAUUUCUACUCAAUAAUAGUGAUUUAUGACUUGGUUCUUGGA